CGUGUCCGGAAUUUGGGCAGCGGACUACAUGGCGAUCCCUGAGGACACGUUUGUGGAGUGCACGGAUGGCCCACCCGGAUCGAUUCCCAUGCACGAAGCUUUCCAAGUGGACAACUUGGGGGCCGAAAUGGUUCCAGAAGGCAUCUACGUAUCGGGGAACGCCACCACCAUAUGGAAUUUUCCGCGCACCGAUCGCCUUUCCGCCAGGAUUAGUGUUUUCCAUUAUAAUCGCGGUACUUGGGAGCCGACUGUAUUCAACGUAGUUACGAGGGACGUUUGCUCUACGAUAUUCGACAAAAACACUUACUGGUACACAUCGUGGUUCCAAAACCUCUUGAACCCGGAGGAAAUUAGGGAAAAGUGUCUUAUAACCAAAGAUACCGUUCUGGUGUACAAUCCAUUCCUUUUGAAGUUACGCGCGAAUAACAUCAUUGGGCCCUCUCUUCAUGGUCGCUAUAAGUCGGUUAUCAUUUUUGAAGCCUUCGACGAAAAUAACGUGCGGCGACCGACAUCCUUGUGCUGCGAAUUUAGAGCUCAGGUCGAAAGGAUUAAGAAUUAAUUUUAAAUCUGUAAUAUUUAAAUGUACA